AUGAUCAUCUUGGCGACAAAUCGGCCAUUCGAUCUGGAUGAAGCCAUGCAUCGGCGCAUCACCUUGGCCAUUGAGUUUUCCAAGCCGGAUCAUGUGCUUCGGCAGCACAUUUGGAAGUCCUUACUCCCUGCGAGCCUUCCUCUCGCGGAAGAUGUGGAUCUGGCCGCGCUCGCCAUGCGCUACGAGCUCUCUGGUGGUUUUAUCAAAAAUGCGAUCCUGACAGCCUUGAGCAUUGCCUGCGCGCGGGCAGAACAGAGUCGGGCAUCAACGCAGCCCAACGAUGUGCGCGUGACGCAG